CUCCCUUCGAGCCUAAAUCCAGAUCUUAUUCGUAAAAUCUACACUGCUCGGUCAGAAUCUGUGACUGAAGUCACUGUUACAGAUAUAUCCACUAACAAGUCACAACAACGAACUAUUUGGCCUGACCCCUCUGUCUUAACUGAACAAGAAACCCGGUUGGGGGUGCUGCGCCAGGCCGUGUUGGAGCGGCUAGUUACUGAUUAUUUGGCACUUGAAUUUAAGCCGAGUACCUCCUACGAAGAUUCUUAUAAUGCAGGCUCUCUUCCCCAUAAAGACCUCAUACGAAAGCACAAGCAGCUACUUCGAAGGCGACGUGCACUUGAGCUGGCAGAGCUCAUCAUGAUCAAAAAGCGUAAACUUACGUUAGAGCCGUUCAGUUCUGGCAUCUCUGAUAACAAAAUGGAAACCGAGGAUUUGAAUUCGACCGAAGCAGGACCAAUUGACCCCGAUGUAGCCACUGAAAAAGUCUGUCGACCGAGUUUAGAGAAAACUGGCCUAAAGCACUGUCCAGCCAUGCCAGUUGCUAUGGUACACUUUAUCGAGCGUCCUGAAGGGAUGCUGUUUUGUCGGCGUCUUUUAGCUGAGGAGAAAGCCAGUGGUGUUUAUUUUAAAGCGUCGUAG